CAUAGUAGUAUUCAAUUAAUAUCAUAAAAUAAAUUUAAGAAUAUCAAAUUCGCAGAUAAUUAACCAAACUAAUACUAAUAGUUUUAAAAUAUUUGUUAAGACUCUCUAGGCGUUAAGUAAAUAAUGAUUGGUACAAAAAUCUUUGCAUCAAGCUGAAUUUGUUAACAAAGGAUUGAGAUGUUUCGAUUACUUCCUAAAUUCCUCUUUCAAUUAAGCGCUAAAUAUAAUAUGAAUACCUAAUUAAUUUUAUGUCAUCGAUUUCUCCACCUUUAGCUGUGAAAAUUCUCUUAGCUGCUAUAUUAAAUUUAUUCCCAGCAGCAUUAAGCAAUUCUUCCAAGGAAUGAGUAAUUAGCAACACCUAAAAUAAUAAAUUGAAUAAUUCAAAUUAAUGAAUAAGGAUUAUAAUACUUAAUUACAAAAUAAUUAGACAAAUCAUUGAAUUAUCGAUGAUACUCACUUUACCAUCGACUUCAGACCCAUUUCUAAACACAAUCACUCUUUUCAUAGUGACUUUUUAAGCAGUGAACAGAUACUGAAUAGGCUUCUUUCAAAUUGGAUAUCUCAGCUGUAUUUCUGUUUACUAGUUCAUCCCUUCUAAUCAAUGGGCGUUUCACAAUGAUAUUCAGAAGGCGCUAAUAUUGACUGAUACUCAUGUACAUUUAGAAUAGAAUUUUUCAAAAAGGUUACAUAAUAAUAUUAUUUUCCCUUUUUAAAAUUUUUCCAAUAUAUUCAUUCAUUUGUAAGUGCUGAUUUUGAAAAUAUAGUAUAUCUUAAGGUCGUUAGGAUUAGUUAUAAAGUUAUAUAGCGCUCAAUAAAAUCUCGACAAUUCUAAUAAUUGUUUGAACAUUAAAUAUUUUUUAUAAUGAAAACAAAUUUCUUCUUGAAAAGCUGUUUUAUCCUUUGAAUGAAAAUAUGGAGGUUGCAAAAGUUCUGUUGGUUGAUUACGUCACUCAAGAUGUCAGUCUCAUGAUGGUUUCGUGUCAGCUGUCUGGAGUAAUAAGUCUGUGAUAAACCAUUCCAUUCCCUUAAAACUCUAUAUCUAAGAUUAUAACGUGAAUAUUAAUGAAAGGAUCGUGACAUAAACGAAAUCACCAAAAUGUGGAGAAUGCGAGAACUUGCUGACAAAGUGACCAAUGUUGUCAUGAACUAUACAGAAGUUGAGGCAAAAGUGCGGGAAGCAACUAAUGAUGAUGCCUGGGGUCCCACAGGACCUCUCAUGCAAGAAGUUGCUCAGGCUACAUUUACGUUUGAGCAUUUUCCUGAGGUUAUGACAAUGUUGUGGAAAAGGAUGCUGCAAGACAAUAAAAAAAAUUGGAGAAGGACUUAUAAGAGUCUUCUCCUUUUGAAUUAUCUUGUGCGGAACGGUUCUGAAAGAGUAGUGACAUCAUCUCGAGAACAUAUAUAUGACUUAAGAGGUUUAGAAAAUUAUGUUUAUGUUGAUGAAAUGGGUAAAGAUCAAGGAAUAAAUAUUAGGCAUAAAGUAAAAGAAUUGAUAGAUUUUAUACAAGAUGAUGAUAAACUCAGAGAAGAAAGGAAAAAGGCCAAAAAAAAUAAAGAUAAAUAUGUUGGUCUUUCGAGUGAUGCUAUGGGGCUUAGAGGAAUUGGUGAACGGUGGGAAGGGAGUAGUGGUGGCAAGUGGACUAAAGAAGAAUAUGACUGGAGUGAUUCUGCCGGAAGGAGAGAUGAUUAUGAUCCUAGCGGAGACGAAGGUGAUAACUCAGAGGGAGAAACACCAGCUCCGAGGAGUCCAGCGCGGGUAUAUAGGGAUACUGAAAACUCUAUUCAGAAAGAUUCACCAAUUAAAAAGCAGUUGAGUCCUGCACGGAGAAUAGACCUAGGCGCUGCUGCCACCUAUGGAAAGACUACUCCUUCUAAUACUGGAAUUACGGAAAGUGAGCCAGCUAAUGUUCCAUCACUCAUCGGUGAUGUAGCAGAUGAUCUGUUUGACCCUAGAAAGGGCGUGGAUCCUCCACCUACCUCAAACGUUACAGAAUUUGGAGACUUCACAAAUGCCUUUCCUCCUCCCGCCAGUUCAAACACCAGCGGAGCUGAUGUAAAGGACGAUUUUGCUGAUUUUUCUUCCGCCUUUACUGCUCCCUCAAGCUUGCCUCUUCAGACACAUUCACUUCCUCCGAUCCAGCCACCGCUUCCUAAUGGAAAUUCAACAGUUACCAAGUCUCAGUCUAAUACUGAACUUUUGAUGGGAUUGAGCGGUUUUAGCAGUCCUGUCCAUUCUCAACCACAAUCUUUGAAUUUGACCCAAACUCCUCAGUCUCCAUCCAUCAAUCCUCUGGAUUCACCUAUGUCAGGAAUCGGGGGAGGAUUAUUACAGCCUACUCUAGAUAAAAACGUGCUGCUACAGCUCCAGCCUUCACAGUCUUCCACAAACAGCACAAAACAGAUCGGUAGUACAUGGAGUGAAUUAAAUUUAGAUAUUGAUCUCGACGGACUGAAUUUAAGUGGAAAAAACAAAACUCGUCCUGCACAACCAACAAUGAACCAGAUGGCAUCGUCAAUUGGUGUUAAUAAUAUGAACAUGAAUGUGAAUAAUAUGAGUAUGAACAUGAACAACAAUAGCGGCAGCCUGCUCCGAAACCAACAGCCAACUAGUUUCCAAUUUGCUAGCUUUAAGUAAGCAAACACUGACGAAACCAUUUGCAAAGCUCAACUAGUUUAUAUACAGGCAUCAACAUUGUACAUAACUCGAUAUCUUCCAUUAAUGAUAAAGUGUAAAUUAAAAAAACAAAAUAAUUUUAAUUUUUUUUUAAACUAUGUAUAAAUAGAAAAGAAUCAGUUAUCAGAGAUAUUCCGUUUGUUAUUGUUGAAAUUUUAUUUUAAUUUUUUAAAGAUAAAUUAUUUUUAUUUUAUUUCUUGUUACGAAUUUCCCUUUAUAUGAUUUUAUUGAGGUUAACAGGGUUUUCGGAAUUAGAAGCGUAUUUAUCCUAACAGAAUAUAUUUUGUUAUUAAAGUUAUUUAUCUUUUUUUUUAAUUUGUGUUGUUUUAAUUGUUAAAUCAUAUUAAUGCUUGUUUUUCAGACAUUAAUAAUUUCUUUAUAGCUUUACUAAUUUGUGAUAAUUCGAGUAUUAUUAGAAAAAAGAAAACAUUCCUAUUUCCUUUCAAAUUUUUAUUUAAUUCAUUAAUAUAAUUGAAUUUUUGUUUGUGAAAUUUUAGAAAAAAAUAUAUUUCUCAGGUGUACACAAAAAAUUAAAUAUUAACCUCGGUUUUAUUGAAUUUUAUAUUUUCCACAUUCCAUUGUCAUUAAAUCUAUUCCCUGUAUUAUAUUAUGAAUGCAUUUAGUUGCAAAAUGGCUUGAAAUGUUAAAAUAAUAAAAUUACAUAAAGUGCAUUGUUUACAUUUUAUAGCAUGUAGACGAUGAAUAUAAUGCAAUAUUAUAUAAAAUGAUUUAUAUUAGAAUCAGCUAAACUCAAUAUGAUGUUACCAAAUCUAAUUCUGAAACAUACUGUUUCUUUGUUAAUUAUAUUCCUCAAUGUAAGACAUUGUGAUAACAUUUUAGCAAUAAUUCAUAAGUAUUUACAAUAUUAAAUAUUGGUAAAUUAAUAAAUAACAAUCAUCGUUCUAGGAAUAAUCAUUCUUUUAGGAACAUUUUUCAUUUUAAAUCUUAAUUUUUUUGAUUCAUUGUUUUGUAAUAUGUUAUUGUUUAAUUUUUUUUUCUCUCAAUAUUAUAUUUAUUUAUUUUUAAUUACAGUGUUGAAAAUUUCAAUACUCUUAAGUUUAAAAAAAAAAUUCUUUUAUGAUUCUUAAAAGAAAGAAGUCUAUCUUAAAAAAUAUUAUAAACAUUAUAUUCAAUAAUAAUGUACUACACUACCUUUACUAUUAUAUAACGAAAACUAAAGUUGAAUUUUAAUUAUUAUUAAUGAAAACAAAAAUUAUUAUUAUUAAAAAUUAAAGUUAUUUUUAAUUUUGUUUUUGCAAUUAUUUAGUAAAUAAAAAUUGAUGUUUCAAUGUUUUCCCAUGUUACUAGUAAAUAUAUUAUUUGGGUACAGGAAAAAAAAAAUGCUAUGCAAUUUAAAGGAGAUCUCUAUUAAAGGCUAUCAAUUCUGGCUUAUAAAUAAUUAAUUUUUUAGAAAUGUAGUUUUGUUAGUACACGCCUACUGAGAAUUAUAAAAAUAAAUUGUACACUUUUAAUUAGGAAAAUCAAAUAAUUUCGGUGGAGACUCUCCAAUUUAAAGAGAAAAUCAGCUGUUGUUUUUUCCUGUACCUUAUUUAUAUAAUUUUUGUUUUAAAUUUUAUUUUGAUACAUAUCAAUAAUUUAAAUAAUCCAUCCAUUUCUUAUUUAAUAUAUAGAUAUAUAUGAAUAUUAAAGUUGAAGCUUUGAUUUCAUCAUUAUUACUGAGAUUUUGUCAGAUAAUACUCAUUGCAUUAUUUUUGAAAUUGAAUUAAUGAUCUUAACAUUUUUUAUUGACUUUUCUUUCUUUAUUUUUUUGCCUGGGAAAUGCUUAAGAUUUUUUAAUUUAAUUUUUUUUUUAUGUUUAUAUUUGUUUUCAUUUAAUUUCAAUCUGUAAUAUGUAUAUACAUAAUAAUUAUAUAUCAUUAUGUCUAAUGAAAAUAAGUUGUAAUUAGAUUUGUUAUAAAUAUAUUUACGAAAUUGGUUAAGGUUGAAGAAUUUAUUUUUAUUAAUUAUUCACUAAAGGGGUAUGAGUUAUGUUUUAUUCAUUAACAUUAUAAAGUGCUUAGAGUAACAUUAUAAAGGUCCCUUAAACAAAUGAAAACAGAAAAUUACAUUAAUAUAUCCGAGCCAAUUAAAAUUUAAUUUGGAAAUAUUCUUAAUAUUUAAAUACAGUUUUAUGAAGCACUUAGUUGAAACAAACACUUUGUUUUGCCUCUAAUCCUCUGAUAUUUACAAAUAUAUUAGAAAAUUAUGAUAUAUUUUAUUAUGUGUUCAUUUGUAAAUAUUUAGUAAUAUCGGAGAGUUUGGGGUAAAUCUGAAUGUUAGUUUUAAUUUAGUCCUGUAUGUGGAGUUUUAGUUUUUUUAACGUUAUGUUAUUUUAAGUCUUUCCCUAAUUAUGGGUGUGAAAAAAUCAUUCAAGUCUAAAUUUAUAAUAUCUGAGACUUUUCUUCCUUUCUAAUUAAUUUUAUAUGAACAGUACAAUUUUUUUUUCCUAUUAAAGCUGAAAGUGACUUUAUGUAUGACAUGACAAAACUUUUUAUUGUAAAUCGGUCUCAUUAUAAAAGUGUUAAGACCUUCCAAUUUUAACUUAACUCUUUUUUAUUAAAUCAUUCUGAUAUUUUAAAAUUAUGAUUACACUCUUUCAUUUAAUGAAAAGGGUAAGGAAAGCCACCAAGCACGAUGUAUAGUUCAGUUAUGUAGGCCACUUGGAAGAGUGACUGCCUAUCGAUAACUGAAUACAAUAGCCAUGAUAAAACCUAACCCCGUUUGAUACCAGCAUUAAUUUCGAGUUAUCCAUUUGACUACAUAUUCUAACAAUUGGCUCUCUAGAGAACCGUGGAAUAAAUAUAAAUGAAGCAAAUAAUAUUUAAUUGACCAAAUAUAAAGAAAUAAUUAGAUAUUAACUAAUCGUUCUAAGAUGAAUGAAACAUAAUGAAGACCCCCUGUACUAUUAUUUGUAAAUAAUACUUGUAUAUUUAAAAUUUUUAAUCCUGGCACUUGAGUUAAUUAAGGUGGCGGUUAAUUUCUAGAUUAAAAUUAAGCUACUAAUUCAUCACAAUCAUUUACUUAUUAAUGCAUUUUUUUUUUUUGUUUCCCAUUUUAAUGUAUUUAUUGUAACUUAAACAAUUUAGAGAGAAAAAAAAUGAGUUAAAGGCAAGGGAGUUGUGUACAAAUCAUGCUUAAUGUACAUAAAUCUAAAUAUAUAUAAUAUACAUAUAUAUAUUAUUACUGCUCUGUAUACCUAAGGUUUUUAUAAGAAGCAGAAUAGAAAAUUAGUUUUAUUAGAACAAAAUUACUUCCAAGAAGUGUUGUUGAAGUUACUAAUUCUGUUAAAACAAAAAGAAUAAUGGAUAUAUAUAAUGUUAAAUGUGCCUUACAAGACUGGCAACAGUGGCAUGAGGUUGUAUCCUACAAUAAAUGCAUUGGUUGUUAUUGCAUCUAUUUUAUUAGAUAAUGCACAAGGGCCAUACCUUUCAGUUAGAAGAACUAUAAUGUUUUUAUCUGUUAACGUAGAACACAUACCUAUUUCCAUAAAAAUAUAAGCUUUUUUAUACUUCUGCCUCUUAGAUAGAAGGAAUAACGAAGUAAGUAACUUGAAAGAAUAACUCCAUGGUCCAUGGAUGGUGUAAGGUUCUAUUUCUCUUACACUCAUAUUAUUAAAGAUUAUCUGUUUUUCCUCUGGUAUUGUCUUUUUUUCCAAUGAUAUUUUCUUAUUUGAUCUCUUU